UAUUAUGUGUGUUUCAUGGUAAAGAGAGGAUACGAUAAACAGAAAAUAUAGGAAAUAUAGACGGCUUUCUGUUUCAUUUGCAGAACCCUAUGGUUGACGUCACGGAGAUGACGUCGACAUAUAGUCGCCAGGGUAACGGCAAUCGCAUUUUAUGACCUGUAUUUUAAUAACUUUGAUUGGCGGACAGUUAUAGGACGAAUCUAAUUGGAUCUUUGUAUUAUGGCUUGAUUCAAAUACUGUGCACGGCGGGAACUCGCUCUCUCUGACUCUUCGUCUGAGGGUCUUUCGGCGGAGGUAUCGUUGUCGGCAUCAUGUGGACGUUCCAGUUUAGCACGAGUCUACAGACAGUGAUGAGUCUAACAAAGCACUGAAAAACGGUCGCACAGUUCAGACUCAGACCAGCUGCACUCGUACCACUGGAACAAAAGGAUCAUGAGCUUUUCAUGGCUGCUCCUUCUGGCUGCUGGAAUCGUAUUAUUUGCAGUGCAACACAUGCAAGACCACCAGUAUAAGCUGCAGCUACUGGAACAGCAGAUGGAUACUUCUUCCCCUGUGGCGGACACAAUGUCUAACUUUGCUUUAGAAUCACAAGGUGCAAGAGUUUUAGACCAUUUGACUUCCGACAUGUAUUGGCGGCAAGGAUAUGGAAUUUUGGAUUAUAUCGCUAAAUCCUACUGGUGGGGGCCGUCAAAAGAACAGAGAAGAGUUAUACAGCAAUGGUUCGAAGAAGUAGUCACCUGCAGGAAGCAGGGUACUACACAGAGGAAGGAAAACCAACAAUUUCCUUCAAAGAAGGCCCACACAGAUCUUUCGGAGGAGGAAUGGUCAUCGCCAUGGACGGCAUCGCCAUGGAGGUUCCAGAUAACCAGGAGUCCACUGACAGAUGAGUCCAAUCAGACGGAACGCACUUGGACCACUGGAACAGUGAUUAUCAUGCGUUUUUUAUGGCUGCUCUUUCUGGCUGCUGUCUUUGUAAUGCAAAACAUGCAAAUAACAGAGCUCAAGCAGGAGGUGCAACUACUGAAACAAAAGAUGGACACUUCUUUCCCUGUGAUAGACAGAGUGUCAAGCUUUGCAUUAGAAUCACAAGGUGCAAGAGUUUUAGGCCAUUUGUCAUCCGACACGUAUUGGCCGAAAGGAUCUGGAAUAUGGGAUGAAAUAUUCUCUUGGUGGUGGUCAUCGAAAGCCCAGAGAAGAGUUAUACAGGGACAUUCUUCACUACGUCCAGGAGAAUGCUGGUCUGUUUCAGGCGAAAAAGGACAUUUAGUUGUGUCCCUGUCUCACCCAGUCUCCAUCACACAAGUGACACUCGGCCACAUCACCAAAAGCCAGUCUCCAAGCGGACAGAUCGCAAGUGCGCCGAGGGAAUUUUCAAUCCACGGAAUGAGUACACAUGACGGAAUAGGCACCUACUUGGGAACACUGGUUUAUGAUCAUGACGGCCCAGCAUUUCAGACCUUCAACCUGCCUAUAAGUGUGAUAUAAGUGAGACAUUGUAGUUCUCAUGAAUGUCAAUUUUUUAAUGUUGGUCACAUUCCAAAACAUGAAUUACUUUUUUUCCUGCCAGUUAAACUAACUGUAUUAUAGAUAGGGCAGUAGCUGCGAUCAAACCUAGAUGUCCUAACCUCUCCUCUCUCUUGUUUGUUACCAGAAUCAAGACGG